AUGGACACAUCAAACGCUCAGCUGACUCGUAUAGAGAAUGUCAUUUGCUCGCACAAUGUGGACACAUCAAACGCUCAUCUUACUCAUAUAGAGAAUGUCGUUUGCUCGCACAAUGUAGACACAUCAAACGGUCAGCUGACUCAUAUAGAGAAUGUCAUUUGCUCGCACAAAAUGGACACAUCAAACGCUCAGCUGACUCGUAUAGAGAAUGUCAUUUACUCGCACAAUCUGGAUAUAACAAAGGCUCAGUUUACUCACAUAGAGAAUGUCGUUUGCUCGCACAAUGUGGACACAUCAAACGCGCAGCUGACUCACAUAGAGAAUGUAGUUUGCUCGCACAAUGUGGACACAUCAAACGCUCAGCUGACUCAUAUAGAGAAUACACUGACUCAUAUUGAGAAUGUCAUUUGCUCGCACAAUGAUGACAUAUCGAACCCUCAGCUGACUCAUAUAGAGAAUGUCCUUUGCUCGCACAAUGUUGGCACAUCAAACCCUCAGCUAACUCAUAUAGAGAAGGUCGUUUUCUCGCACAAUGUUAGCACAUCAAACGCUCAGCUGACUCAUAUAGAGAAUGUCAUUUGCUCGCACAAUGUUGACAUAUCAAACCCUCAGCUGACUCAUAUAGAGAAUGUCGUUUGCUCGCACAAUGUUGACACAUCCAACCCUCAGCUGACUCAUAUAAAGAAUGUCGUUUGCUCGCACAAUGUUGGCACAUCAAACCCUCAGCUGACUCAUAUAGAGAAUGUCGUUUUCUCGCACAAUGUUGGAACAUCAAACCCUCAGCUGACUCAUAUAGAGAAUGUCAUUUGCUCGCACAAUGUUGACACAUCAAACCCUCAGCUGACUCAUAUAGAGAAUGUCGUUUGCUCGCACAAUGUUGGCACAUCAAACCCUCAGCUGACUCAUAUAAAGAAUGUCGUUUGCUCGCACAAUGUUGGCACAUCAAACCCUCAGCUGACUCAUAUAGAGAAUGUCGUUUGCUCGCACAAUGUUGGCACAUCAAACCCUCAGCUGACUCAUAUAAAGAAUGUCGUUUGCUCGCACAAUGUUGGCACAUCAAACCCUCAGCUGACUCAUAUAGAGAAUGUCGUUUUCUCUCACAAUGUUGACACAUCAAACGCACAGCUGAAUCACAUAGAGAAUGUCGUUUGCUCUCACAAUGUGGACAUAUCAAACGCUCAGCUGAAUCAUAUAGAGAAUGUCGUUUGCUCGCACAAUGUGGACACAUCAAACUCUCAGCUGACUCACAUAGAUAAUGUCGUUUGCUCGCACUAUGUGGACACAUCAAACGCUCAGCUGACUCAUAUAGAGAAUGUCGAUUGCUCGCACAAUUGA